AGCAGUCUCCGGCGGUGUCGGGUCGCGGUCUGGCGUUUGGUGUGGUCAGCGGCGCCCUGGGUUAGCGUUCGCGUCCGUUGUCGGAGCGGGUGCGUUGCGUUUCGCCGGGACAAGAGCGAUCGGUGGUGCCGGAAUCAUGCUCGGACGUCUCCCCGCGUGUGUCAUCGACGUGGGCACGGGGUACACAAAACUGGGCUUCGCUGGUAAUAAGGAGCCCCAACUGACUAUACCGUCGGCGAUCGCCAUCAAGGAGACGGCUAAGGUCGGCGACAAUAAUGCCAGGAGGAUUACGAAAGGCGUGGAGGACCUGGACGCUUACAUCGGGGACGAGGCGUUCGAGGCCACUGGAUAUUCGGUUAAAUAUCCAGUGAGGCAUGGACUGGUGGAGGAUUGGGAUUUGAUGGAAAAGUUUUUGCAGCAAUGCAUUUUCAAGUAUCUCAGGUCAGAGCCUGAGGACCAUUAUUUCCUCCUAACCGAGCCGCCUCUGAACACGCCGGAAAAUAGGGAGUACACCGCGGAAAUUAUGUUCGAGUCGUUUAACGUGCCGGGACUUUACAUAGCUGUGCAAGCCGUUCUCGCCUUAGCAGCCUCGUGGACGGCCAAGAACGUGGAGGACCGCACCUUGACAGGCGUCGUCGUCGACAGUGGAGACGGUGUGACUCACGUGAUUCCAGUGGCGGAAGGUUUCGUCAUAGGAAGUUGUAUAAAGCACAUUCCUAUCGCUGGUCGCGAUAUCACCUAUUUCAUACAAAGUCUGCUGAGGGAACGAGAGAUCGGGAUACCGCCUGAGCAAUCGCUAGAAACGGCCAAGUCAAUCAAAGAGAAGUACUGUUACAUAUGUCCGGAUAUAUCGAAGGAAUUCGCCAAGUACGACAGCGAUCCUACGAAAAUUAAGAAGUACGAGGGUAUCAACAAUAUCACCAAGCAACCCUUUGUGGUGGACGUCGGAUACGAAAGGUUCCUCGGACCGGAGAUAUUCUUCCAUCCCGAGUUCUCCAAUCCGGACUUUACAACGCCGCUCAACGAAAUCGUCGACGACGUGAUUCAAAACUGCCCGAUCGACGUCAGGAGACCAUUGUACAGUAAUAUUGUAUUAUCAGGUGGCUCCACCAUGUUCAAAGACUUUGGUAGACGAUUGCAGCGCGACAUCAAGAAGAUCGUCGACACGCGGCUCAAGCUCAGCGAAACGCUGAGCGGCAGCCAUAUUACGCCAAAACCAAUAGAUGUUCGUGUGAUAUCGCAUCACAAGCAACGUUGCGCAGUAUGGUAUGGCGGUGCAUUACUGGCCAGUGAUCCGGAAUUCUACACGGUCUGCCACACGAAGAAGGCGUACCAAGAAUACGGUCCUGGAAUUUGUCGUUAUAAUCCCGUAUUUCACAGUAUGGUUUAAGAAAUAAAAUCGGGACGAGCACACGACGAUCGAAAACA